AACCAGGAAGUAGCGGUUUCUGUUUGUAGCUAGCACGAGUUUAAAUUGUUGCUAGCCGCGGCUAGCUUGAGUUAAACAAAAAAUAAAAAUGACCGAGACGCUAAACGGAGCGGUUGCAGAUGCUAUCACGAUGCACAACUUUUCGGAGAGGAUUUUGGAACAGGUGAUACACUUUCACGUGAUGAAGCUGAGCGGCGGCUUCUUCCUGUGGGUCGGUUCGAGUCCGGUGCUGUCCAACCUGGCGGUCUCAAUGAGCAGCAAAUAUGAUUCGAUGCCUUUAUCUACAUUAGUCAUGGGGGACCCAUCCAAUACUGCUCCUAAUUCCUUGGCACAGAGAUUAGCAAAGAAGACCAAAAAGCAAGUAUAUGUGAGUUACAGUCUUCCGAUGACAGACCCCAACUUCAGUCUUCUGGUGGAGAACAGAAUCAAAAAGGAGCUUGAGCUUCACCCUGAACACUUCUGAACUGAGGACAUGUAGGAAGAACAGCAGCAUCAAGUUCCAGGUGCCUCUUCUUCCCUGGAUUUGAAUACCCUUUGCAAUACUGUAAUAAUACUCCAACACAAAUACCACAAAUAGUCACAUCAAGUGUUCUUUUAUUGACAUAAUAAAUUAAGUGGUUUAUUAUCAAAACAUGUAGGCCUAUGGCUUUUUGUACAAAUGCAUCAUAUUAAAAAAAUAACACUUAGAAAACAG